AUGAAUAAAGAUGAAUCCAGUCGAACAUCAUCUCAGAUGCCGAUUUUAGAUAGCACUUAUAAUUACAAAAUAACAAUACUUUUAGUCAAAGCUUUAGCAUCAUUACAACAUCAUCGAAUACUUGCCAUUAGUAUUAUUAGGUCACAAAAUUCUGGUAAAAGUAUUUUAUCAAAUUAUAUGUUUGGCACAUUAUUUAAUAUUCAUGAUGGUAAAUGUACUCGAGGUAUCUAUGAAUCAUAUGUCAAAUCGAAUUUCAUGCUGAUUGAUACUGAAGGUUUAUUAAGGUGUGACAUGGGAAAUUAUCGUCAUGAACAACAGUUUCGACAUUUAAUCGAAAAUAUCAUUCGAAAUGAAAGCUUGAUGCCACGUGUAACUGCUAAACAAGAAUUCGAAUUAAUGUAUCAAAAAUACAAAUAA